AUGCCGUGUAUCUUCUUCGUAGGCAGACAAGAGUAUUCUUCGCGAACUCUCGGAGCAACCUGGGGUAUUAUUAGUGCGGUAAUAUUACCGAUAGUUAUUUUGCUCAUCUGCGUGGGCUGGCGUAUCUUCAAGAGAAAAAAGGAAGAAGAAAAAGAGGAAAAUGACUACUUAAACGUAAAAACUAGAUCGAUCGAUCCAGAUGAAUCAUUUAAGGUGAACUCGGAUGAUGAUAGUAUUCCUUACAAGAAGGACGACACCAUAGAAGACAGUCCAGAACCGACAGAACCGGUCAAGUUGGUAGAAACCGAAAAUCUACAACCAAGUUAUUCUUAUCAACCUUACCAAGAGCAACCGAAACAGGAUCAGGGCCGCCAAUGGACGGGUGAAACUGAAAUUAACUAA